GAUGAGGCCUGGCAGCGGGCUGAGCCUGAGUUUUGUGUCCGAGCAACGGAUUCGGCAGCUGGAACGGAAGCUGCGAGCUAAAGAAGAAAGAAUAAUUGUGCUGGAAACAGAAAAUGCCCUUCUGCAUCUCAAGCUUGCAGAGAGUCAAAGAGUGAUUUGGGAUAUCUCAACUGAAGAGUCAGAUUACAGUUUUACUUAUUGCAAGCAGCAGAAUGUCCAUGGAAAUGCCAGAUUCAUCAUAAUCCAGCUUUAUGAAACCCUACAGAGACUGAAGCAAGACAUAAAGAAUCUCCAUUUUUCUGCCCUUCAGUUUUCGAAGGACGUCCAGCAUCAGAGCAAGAGCUUUCUCUACCAGAUUUUGGCUUCUGCCCAAAGGCUACAGCUACAUAAUGAGGCUAUGCAAACAUUUCAGACUAAAGCUCUUGAACUUGAACAGUCCUUGCAUGAAGUAAAUGAGAAAUACCAGAAAGAAAAACAAAGGAGAAAAGUGCUUCAUAACAGUUUAAUUGAACUAAGGGGCAAUAUCAGAGUACACUGCAGAAUACGUCCAUUGUUACCAUUUGAUGUUGCUCCUGGAGAGUCAGUCAUAGAAGACAGGCAGAGAAGCUUUUCAGAAAAAGUGGUGUGUGCAGCUGAUGAUGAAACCGUCUUUGUAAAAUGCAGCCGUCCUGGUCAUGCUUUGAUAAACAAGACGUUCCAGUAUGAAAGAGUUUACAGCACUGCUGAUUCACAAGUGACAGUGUUUGCAGAUGUAUCCCCUUUGCUAACUUCUCUGUUGGAUGGAUACAACGUGUGCAUUAUGGCUUACGGGCAGACUGGGAGCGGAAAAACAUACACAAUGUUGGGCCAGCAGCUUGAAGAUAAUUCCGUUUUCCCCAUGGAAGAUGAGCCAGAGUUGGGAAUUAUUCCUAGAGCCGCCGAAGAGGUAUUCAGGCUUCUUUCAGAAAAGCCACUAGGAAGCCAUUGGGUUGAGGUGUCUGUUGUAGAAGUGUAUAACAAUGAAGUUUUUGAUCUUCUGGCCAAAGACAACUCUGGUAGAACAAGUGGUGUCAAAAGGGAUAUCAUCACAAAUAAGGAAGGAAAGAGUGACAUUCCACUUCUUACCUAUGAGCCUGUGGAAGAUGCUGUGGAGUUCUUGGAGCUAGUUAAUAAGGGCCUACAAUUGAGGGUCAAACACCCAACACUUGUACACGCUCAUUCCUCUCGUUCUCAUCUCGUGGUAACCUUGACUAUAACCACAAAGGCUGUCUUGGGUGAUGACUUUGCUAGUCUCUGGGCAGGCGACCAUUCUAGUCAAAAGCUGGGUCAAGAACAUUUCUUCACUUCUCCCCACUCAAUGAAAGAUGACAAGCCCCCUUUUCCUGCCAGAACCUCUUUGCCAGCACAGACUGUUAGUGAAUCUAUGGAGAAGCUGAAGCGAAUGAGAACAAAACUUCAACUGGUGGAUUUGGCUGGGAGUGAAUGUGUUGGAAUGUCUGGUGUGACCGGAUCAGUCCUGAGAGAGACCUCCUUCAUUAACCGCAGCUUGUCUGCUCUCGCAGAUGUUCUUGGAGCCAUAUCCGAACAGCGUUCUCAUGUUCCAUAUCGAAACAGCAAACUUACGCAUCUACUUCAGGACUCCAUUGGGGGUGAUGCGAAGUUGCUGCUGGUGUUGUGUGUCUCCCCCAGUCCAAAGUACAUCACAGAGUCACUGCAAACCCUGGGAUUUGGGUCUCGUGCACGGCAAGUUCAGAGAGGGCAAGCCAAGAAAAGAAAUCAGCUGGUGCUGAGCAAAUCUAAAUAAGACAUAAGACUCCAUUGGAUUAAAGCAUUAUUAAUGGCUUCCUAAGACUGAAAUGUAUCUUGUUGUCAUAAAAAAUGUAAACUGCCAGUUAAAAUAAGCAUUCCACAAUGUGGCACUGGCAAGCCAUAAACAUGCUAAGCAAUAUCUUUGUUCCAAGAAUAAUUACAUGUAUUAACAUAUACGACAGAGGAACAUGACAAUUAUUUCUUUUAGGAAGAGCAGUAGGGUGAUCGUGUUUUAGGAGGCCAAUCUUUUGGGAAUAGAAAAAGAAGAGCAGAACCCCCCUCCCCCAAAUCUAAAUCAGUUAUGUAAUUCUACUAGCUAAUAAAACUGAGCAACAGAUGUGCGCCACACUAUGGUGCAGAGUGGUGGCAUACUGGAAGUUUGAAAGGCCUACAUUCCAGACCCUGUG